AUGACAUAUGCUGUGUUUGCAGUAAUUUUCAAAUUUUCAAACUUUGUCUGCGAGACCUACAACAAAUCGUGGUUCCAGUUUCACGAGUGUCGCUUGAAGGCCAUAUCUCGGGAAAAGGUGAUCCUGAAUAUGAACGGAACUAUUCUGCAUUCCGUAUAUAAUAUCCAGACCGAAGGCAAGAUGUUUAAAAGGGAAAGUGGCUUUAAACCAUGGCUCCUAGAGUCUAAAAUAGAUGCGUGCCGUUUUAUGCGAAAGAACUACAAUCCUAUAGCUAAAUUAAUCUUUGGUCUUUUCAAGGAAUUUACCAAUAUCAACCACACGUGUCCUUACCUGGGUCCACAAACUGUUAGGGGAUUUUAUCUAAAGCCGGAACUAUUGAAGCUUCCGUUUCCCAGUGGAGAAUAUAUGUUAUCAUUGAGGUGGUUCUUUGACCAGAAAUUACAAUUUGACACCAAUGUCAGUUUUUUGUUUGUCGAGGAUAUAUUGAAAGCCUGA